AUGUUGUUAUUUAAAUAUAAAUAUAAAUUUUAUGAGAUCAGAAUGCAAGUGAUAAAUAUUGUUUUGUCUAAUGGUAAAUUUGAAAUUAUUAGACGACUUUCAUUAAUAAAUUUAAGGUUUUAGAAUUAAUUAAAUAAGAUGAUGAAAAAAGUCUAUACGCUUCCAACACCAAGGGAGUAGAAGUCAAUAAUUCAACAGAAGAGUUAAUAGGAUAUAAUCAUGUAAUGUACAAUUGUAUUUCCUUAGAAAGUAGGGUUAAUUUGGGUAUAUUCCUGAUUAAACUACAAAGAAGGAAUAGUCAUCAAAGCCUUCCCGUCCAUACUUAAUGUUUAAACCUUAAUUGGUGGAAGAAGUGGAUGAGAACAACAUGAAAAAGAUGAAAUUAUCUUUCCAUAACUCAAUAACCGACCUAUAAACUUUUGAAGAAUUAGCAAAGGAAUAAAAACCAAGAGAAUCCACUCCGAAUUUAAACCAAACUCCGACAGAAAAGUCUAAGCCUUUUGUUAGGUAGCUAUUAUUUAUAAAGAUAGUAGAAAGUCUAUGAAACACUUAACUCAGCUCUGAUGAAU